AGGUUCCUUUACUCCUUAGCUUGAUAAAUUUAUCAGAAAACAAUGGCUGCUCAGACACAGGGAAUCCAACAGCUUCUUACAGCUGAGAAGAGAGCUGCAGAGAAGGUGGCAGAGGCAAGAAAGAGGAAAGCACGAAGGUUGAAGCAAGCAAAAGAAGAAGCUCAGUCUGAGAUUGAACAAUAUCGGCAAGAGCGCGAUCGGCAGUUCAAGGAGUAUGAGAGCAAGUAUAUGGGAUCAAGGACUGAUAUUGCAGCAAAAAUCGAAGCAGACACAAAGUCCAAGAUCAGUUCUAUAAAUGCCUCUGUGAGCCAGAACAAGGAAGAGGUCAUCCAGUACAUUCUGUCUCUGGUAUACGAUAUCAAGCCUGAGAUGCAUAGGAAUGCAAGGGAACAAUUGAUGACAUUUCUCUUUUGGAUCACUGACAUUGGGAGCAAAGGAGUGUUCUUGUGGAUCAAGGGAUUCAACAGCAUUGACAACCUCCCAGUUGCAAAGAGUGAUAAUGAUCCUGAUAAUGCACUG